GUUGCCCGCUGAAACGGCCCAAAGAUUGUACGCCAUACGCCAUUAUUGCAUAGUGACGCUACGGCGUAUUAUUCCAUACGUUUCUUUGGAUUUUUGCUACUUUUCAACACAUUUAUACAUAUCUGAAAUUCUACAAUGAGUGACAUUGAGCGAAGUGGUAGCCGUAGUGCAAGUCCUAGACGACCAAGAACAGCGGAUGGAGGUUUAAGAGACUCGCGUUCACAUUCAAGAUCUCGCAAAUCUCGUGAACGUAAAGAAUCCCAUAGGCCAGUAAAAGAAUAUUCAAGAUCAAGAAGUCGCUCUGUGUCAAGGGGAAGAAAGUCAUAUCGCAGCAGCAAAUAUGCUAGUGCAGGUCAUCGUGGUAGUAGUCGCAGUCGCAGUCGUUCUCCUUAUAGGGGUGGGCGAUACUCUCGUAGCAGAUCACGUUCCUACUCUCGCUCCCGUUAUUCUCGGGAACGUGACAGGAACAUUUACCGUUCACACUCUCGUAGUCCAAUGUCAUCUAGACGAAGACACGUUGGUAACAGGGACAAUCCAUGUCCUUCUCGAUGCUUAGGUGUAUUUGGACUUUCUAUUUUCACGACUGAGCAGCAAAUACAUCACAUAUUUUCAAAGUAUGGACCUGUUGAACGAGUACAAGUUGUAAUUGAUGCUAAGACUGGACGUUCUAGAGGAUUCUGCUUUGUAUAUUUUGAAUCAUCUGAAGAUGCAAAAGUAGCCAAAGAACAAUGCACGGGAAUGGAAAUUGAUGGCCGAAGAAUAAGAGUAGAUUUUUCAAUCACGCAACGAGCUCACACACCCACGCCUGGAAUUUAUAUGGGAAAACCUACACACCUACAUGAUAGAGGAUGGGAUGGGCCUAGGCGUAGAGACAGCAGUUACAGGGGAAGCUAUCGACGUUCACCAAGUCCGUACUACAGUCGCCGACGUUCACGCUACGACAGAUCCAGAUCGCGCUCGUAUUCACCACGUCGGUAUUAAGUGACACGAGUGUGAUGCGAGAGGCCAGGUGUUUGGGAGACCAUUUGUGUGACUUGACCCUUUGACCUCAAAUUUCUUCUAACAAUACUGUACCGGGUCAAAAAUGCAAAAACUACAUUCUCACUACUGUUCUUACCUUACCUAAUUCUGCAUCAUAUGCAAUUAAUAUAUGGCAUUUAAAUUACGAUAUUGUACAAUAUCAAUUAAUGAGAUAACAUAAUAAUAUGCAAAGGAGUGUAGCAUAUUCUUUACAUGAAAACAGUAAGGUUAGAAUGGAUUCGGAAACCUUAUUUUCAUAAUAUUUCUACCAUUUCCUAAUAGUUUUAUGAAGAUAAGGUUUACGUUAUUGUAACCAUAAUGACUAUAAAUGUGAAGGUUGGAAUAUAAUUGAGUUUCUAUUUUCCUUUGACAAUUUUAUUAUAAAGUUGUAUUCCAGCCAUUUGAACAUAAAAUAUCGCUUUAAAAAUUACGUGAAUUUGGAAAAUGUGGUAUUCCUUAAUGUUGUUUAUAUGCAAAAAGAAACAGAGAUAUAUAAAAGUAAAGGAAAACGAAACACAUUACACACAGAAAAGAACGAAAAAAAAACAAAAAUAAAAUUAGGAAGUAGAAGUAAGUUCUCUAACCUGUUUGUUUGUUUAUAAGGUUUUGAAUCAAGAGGUAUUGGAUGAUAGAGGGAAGUUUGAAGUUUCACUCUGAAAAAAUGAAAGUUUUGAAAAGUCGAAGACAAGAUAUCUGAAGAUGUUUGUCUUGCUCGAAUUUCGAAGAUCCAAAGGUUUUUCGCGCUUGUGACAAAGAAUAUGAUCCGAAUCGCAUUCAUUUCCGGCUGAGAAGUCUCAAGCCUAGAAGAACUGCAAGCACUCUGUAAAAAGCAAGCCUCAAGACAGUAAGAAAUCGUUGAUCGUCAGGCCCCCGACCUGGGACAAGCCAGUGGUUGGGGGUGAAACUGGCCGAACGUUUCAGAAAAUGUUCAAGAAGCAUCGAAAUCUUUUAUAAGUAGGGAAGAGCGUAAGGUGCUCCAAGGUUUAUACCGAUCAUAUUCUUUAUCAGUUGGUUUAGUUACAUGGUAUAUUCGUAAUUAGGUGUUAUAAAAUAAAUAAACGUAUAUACCUUUACCCUUAUUCCCUCCACCAUCCCAAAACCUCCUGCAUCCUUUAAAGAGUGAUGUCCUAUUGUUUUCAUUUUGUAUAGGAUUAAGCAGCGAUAAUUCAUAUUGAAACAGCUAAUAAACCGUGUUUUUAAUAGAAA